GCACUCCCUGCACCCUCCCAAAUAAUAUCUGUGCCUCUUUGGCACUCCAGGCAGGCAGCAGGAGCCUCACACUGCCCUGGAGUCUCCUCUCCUGGACUCUGCACUCUGCCCGCCAUGGCUGGCUCAGAAAAGGAUCCCUGCCUGGGAGGGGAAACUCCUCGGAUGUGCAACAGGGUGUGAACGUGGGGAAAACCUGAGCAAAAUGUCCCCAGAGCUCAUCUGCUUCUUCCUCUGUGCUCUGAGCGCACCAAACCUCUCAGGAGGAGAUGUUUUAUUGCCAGCACCUCAGAGUAUCUCCGUUCUUUCAACCAACAUGAAACACUUCUUAACUUGGAGUCCUGUGAUCAUCCAGGGAGCAACUGUGAGAUACUCAGUUGAGUUUCAGGGGGAAUACGAGCGGGAGCACGCCGCCGGCAGCUGGAUCCCCGUCUCCGAGUGCUCGCUGACCACGGCCACGCUCUGCGACGUCACCCAGGACAUCUCGGCCGGCGCGGCCUACAGGCUGCGCGUCCGGGCAGAGCUGGGCGCCGCCAGCUCGCCGUGGGGCACCGCCGAGGGCUUCUUCACCCGCGCCAUGACUUCCCUGACCCCACCCCAGCUGAGGGUCCUGGCAGAUGGGCAGCAUUUGCUGGUGGAGCUGGCAGACAUGGGACCCUCCUUCCAGUUCCGAGUGCUCUACUGGAGGAAGGGCCAGGAGAGCAGGGUGCAGCAGAAGGAGCUGAGGGAGGUGAGCUCUGUGGUUCACCUGGACACCAUGGAGGCAGGAGCUGAGUACUGUGUGAAGGCUCAGACACACGUCCAGGCCAUCAACAGGAGCAGCAGCUUCAGCCCCACACAGUGUGUGAGGGCACAGGGUGACACAUCCCUGUGGCUGGUCACUGCCCUCAUCUCCUCUAUUGGCUUUGCUGUGGCAGCUUUAACCCUGCCUCUCCUUACCUGGAAAAUAAGUAAAAUCUUCCAGUACUGCUUCUGCCCCACUGCUGUCCUGCCAGACACACUGAAAGAGCCAGAGCCCCCCACCCAGCUGAUCCUGCGGGGCAGUGAAGAAGCUGAGCAAUGUGACCUGACGGUGGUUGUGGUGCCCUCAGAAGAAGUUCUCCAGCUGUGGAUUCAAAAAGCACUUUAGAGCAGCCCAGAAAACACACAGCCCCUCUGUAGCAUCUUCAUCCAUCUACAUCAAAAGCAAGUAAAGGUGACAGCUGCCAGCUCCUGUCCCUGCCCUCCAAUCCUCACCAGGAGCAGACAUGGGCUGGCCACGCUCCCUUUUUCAGCCACAGUGGUGCUCCCAAGGCAGAGCUCACCACAGAGCCCAGUCCCUCAGCUCCAAACCAUUCCAGCCUCGGUGUUUUCACCUCAGUAAAGCUUCUUACAUGGCUAAGCCAGCUGGAAUGAGCAGAGGGAAAAAUGCAGACCCUGAAGUGAGGUCAGGUUCUUUGAAAAGGGCAGUGGGUGGAUGCAGCAUCCUAACCUGUGCCAGGUCACAGUGCUGCUGCCACCAGCAACACCAUGAGGGAGGCCUGGCUUUCACCAGUGCUUUGGAAGGAGUGAAGUGGGAACAGCCAGAUGCCAGAAGUGGUUGGAGGGAGCACUGGGAACCUCCCAGGGAGCAGAGCUCUGCAAGAUCAGCAGCAUCACUGACAAUGUACAACUGCAAAAUCACCUAGUCAGGGAGUCAAAAAUGCAAAAGCUGUGUAAACAUGAAGGAAAAACCAGGACCUUUAGGGAGAAGAAAAUUAGGGGUGAAUUAUUUAAAUGAGAUAGGAUUGGAGUAGAGAAAGGUUGGGAAAAGACAGACAAAGGUAGGCUCAGAAACAGUAAAAGAAAUGGGAAAAGAGAAAAGAAGAUGUGUGAAUAGUGACCAGGAUUGUCCAGGGUGCCUGCUGGCCAUCCCUGUGGUUCAACACCACACCUGAAACAGGACUGGGAUUUUUUUCACACAAGGCAGAUGUGUUGCUGUGGUCACAAGGGCCAGAAUGAGUGGAAAAUGCAGUUUCUUAUCUUGGCAAGCAGAGGAGUAUCAGGCUGGAUGGAUCAAGCAUCCCAGCAUUACCAUUUAAUGACCAUUCCAGGGCCGACAACACGAUUAUCCUCCAGGCAUCUUAUCCUCUUGAGGAAGGAAAUUGCAAAAAGACAAGAGAAACUCCUUCUAAAUACAGAUAAAAUACGGGCGUUGUGCAUAUUGCCACAUUGGAAAAAAGUUAUCACCUGUUAAGCAGAGACUUGUGUCAGCAGGGCAUGAGUGAAAAGACAUAGAUCUGAGAAGCUUUUCUCAAAAGCUCUCAGUGGUUUCAAUGAAAUACAAGAUAGCUCAUAAAAUGCACCUUUUCCAGCUCCAUUCUUGCAACCUUGUGUGAGGCCAUGGGGUGGCAACAAAGCACUGUGGAAAGGCAGAGGUGACCCAGGAUCUGUACCUGUGUUCUGCCAGGCAAUUCACUCCCUGGCUCCCAGCCAGAACCUCAUUUUCCUGUUGCAGCCCACUUGCUUGGUUUAUUCCUGUCUCAUUAGCUUAUUUCUGCACAAUAUUGGAGUGCAUUUUGGUGUUGAAUUGUAAGACUGGUAUUGCUGAAUAUUGAGCAAAUUAUAGGGUGAGAAAAUCCAUGCAGGUCUGGGCAUUGAAGACUCAGCGUUCAUUCUUAGUUUGUUGAUAAUUAACUGGGAAAUGCCUGGUUACAAGCACCCAUGAGAUGAUUUGGAAGCAAAGAGGAAAAGGGCGUUUCCAAGGGCUGAUGUGACAAGUGCCAGCAGGUCUCACCCUCCCUAAACCAAGCUGGAGCAGCAAUGGGAACAAGCAGUGAGUGAUGCUGGCAGGGAGCUGCAGAGUGUUUGGGGAGCACAGACAGCACAGAACUUCAGCUCCUUGCAGGGUCAAGGGCUCUUGGGCAAACAUCCCUUUGCACAGCUUUGCCCAGUGCUUGAAUUUUCAAGGUUUUCAAGGGCAGCCCCACAUCACAGAGGCCUUGGUAGUGGGGCUGGUUUAGGGAGCUCCAUGCCCCACAUUUAUCCUUAUUUUAUACCCCUUUGAAUCAGACAAGUUCAGUGUCUUGAUUUCUAGACAUGCAGGAAAUUAUCCUCUGGUUUGUCCAUGCCAUAGGUCCAAGAAGCCUCAGCAACUCCUCCUAUCUCUUCCUCCCCCCACUGCUGCAUUUUCAGAAUCACAGAAUCAGAAUCUUCUGAGCUGGAAGGAACCCACAAGGACCAACAAGUCCAACUCUUAAGUGAAUGGCCCAUAUGGGCAUCAAACCCACAAUCCUGGCAUUAUUAGCACCAUCCUCUAACCAGCUAUGGCACCACCAGCAGUUGUUCAGGGCUAUAUAGAAAAGAAGGGAAAUAAAAGGCCAUUGAAUGUGAAGGGCUUUUUAAAAAAUAUCUUAAUGCCUAUUUUCCAGCUGCACAUUAAGCAUGGAGCAUAUGUUUCUUCCUCACUUGCAAUAACAGAUUUUAUGUCCUUCCUCAUUGCCAAUAAAGCAGUUAAACUGUUGUAGAAAACUGCACAGACAACAUUAAACAAAAGAAACACCCAAGAAAAAAUUCUUAAAAUGGGGAUAUGAGAGGGAGCUGUGUAAGAGCCACUGCCACCUUAGCAGACUAUUCUCAAUUUACAUUAGGAUAUUCCAGUUUAUGGCAGCUUGAAGGCAAAUUUGAGAUGGUGAUUGAAAAUCCUUUCCAACCUUCUCCUUUUGAAGAAUGUGCUGCAUUUUGUUAAGCCUGAAAAUCACGGCAGAGAACAAGAGCAAUUCCCCUGCCUGCCGAGGACACAGGAGCAGGGUGGCAUUGGCAUAGGCAGCUGCCAUCAGGGACUCCUUAAUCCAUUUUCCUGCUAUCCAAAAGUUAAUUUUGGCAUGGCAAACACUGCCUUGGAUAACUGAUUUUGCUCCCACCACCAUGAUACCACCCUGCAAAAAGGCCCAGAGCAGUCACCACCGUGAAGAAUCUGUACAAACGAGCUUUGCUCGGUUCCUUUCCCUUCAUCUGGUAUUUUA